GGUGUUCUUAUUUCAUAUAAAUACUAAAAUUCGGUUUUUGAAAAGAAUAAAUCUCGAACUACAGCAAUGAAAUAAUUUUAUACUCAAUCCAUCUGCUUGGCAAAAUUUCAAAGAUUAUGGAUUUACACACAUUUCAUCUAUUAAGCUGGAUACCUUUAACCCUUGAUUAUGAUAGCAUAAUUAAGACUGAUAUAUAGUCACUAAAUUAUUUUUUUGUAUGGAACACCAAAAUAUCGACAAAAAUAACUAAUAAGUGACCCAAAUUGUCAAUUAUUUUGUUAAACAACUUCAAAUAAGUGUCAUAAUUUUCUACAAAUAUAGCUGAUUCCUUUACCUUUUCGGAAAAUUGAAGGAUGAAUAGAAAUCAUAUUAACGCACUAGUAAUGUAUGCUGUCUCAACCUAAAACUAUUUUGCACAAGUUCUCAAAGAGAAAAUGAUAUAACGAGAGAAACUGUCGCACAACUCGACAACCGAGAGAAUUUCGUCAUUCCGCCACUCGGCAGUAGGCAACACCGCGUUUGAAGAGAAAUCAGUCGACCAGCAGUCGGGUUUGUGUACGUGUUUCGUUCGUCGUCGUUAGCUCUUCAAAUACUUUGAAAACAUGGCUAAAUCGUCAUGAUUUCAGAAGGAAACUAACUUAUUAUGCAAGAUUUUUUGGUACUGAGAAGGCAUGAAAAUGAAUCAAACAUUUCCCACAAUCAGCAGUUACUCUGAUCAGACAGACAAUAACCCCAAACAUAAAAGUUUUUUUGAAGUAAACGUCAACAAUUCCGCAUUGGAGGCGAGACUGAGAACAUUUGACAAUUGGCCAAGCACACAACUAUCCAAGGAAGCGCUCGCGUCUGCCGGUUUUGAAUACACUGGACAAGAUGACAUUGUUUUGUGUCGUUUCUGUAAGAUAGAAGGAUACAAUUGGGUAUCUGGAGAUGAUCCAAUGGCAGACCAUCGAGAAUGGAGUCCUGACUGUCCUUUUAUUAGAACUGUAGAGAACGGCAGGUCUGGGAGUAAUAGAAACGCAGAUACUUGUGGACUGUACGGCAUAGAGGUUCUUCCAAAUUCCCUCCCGGAGGACAGGAGAUCCAUUGAUUUGCAACAGUUGGGAAUCCACAAAGGAAGUGGACCACACAACCAGGAUAAAAUAACGGUAAAUAGUCGACUAGCAACGUUCGAAAACUGGCCCAAGUCCAUCAAGCAGAGACCCGUUGAUUUGGCAGAAGCGGGAUUUUAUUAUACCGGUGUGGGAGACCAGACACUUUGUUUCUACUGUGGUGGUGGUCUAAAAGACUGGGAAGAAUCUGACGAACCUUGGGAACAACACGCCCUUUGGUUCAGCAAGUGUGUUUUUCUAAAUUUGAAAAAAGGUAAAGACUUUGUCGAAAAGGUCAAACAGAGGGCAGACCCUCUCUUGUCGCUCCCCGGAACAAGUCAAGACAAGACCAAAGAGCUAGAAGAACCUAAAGAGCCCUGCAGUAGGACUCCAGAAAAGGCUGAAAAGACUACUGAAACGGAAGCAACAGAGAAGACUUUGUGUAAAAUCUGUUAUAAAAACGAACUUGGUGUUGUAUUCUUGCCUUGUGGACAUGUUGUUGCUUGUGUAGAUUGUGCUUCUGCUUUGAAAACUUGUGCUGUCUGUAGGAAACCUUUGGAAGCGACAGUUCGAGCAUUUCUCUCAUAAUUUUUCCAUUCUUUAAUUUUCGUUUCUCAGAUCUAGUCAAUUUGAAUUUGAUUCUUGAAGGUUUAUUAAAAAGUUUUGUCAAAAAUUAUUCUUUUCUUGUUUUAGGAUUAGAAGUAAAUCUAUUUUUAUACAAUCUGAGUACAAAUUCCACAUACUUUUUUAGUUAUAAGUUUGAAGCGCUUAUGAAACAUACUUUUAGUUCAUUAAUGACUGCAAACCAUAUCUUUCGUACACUAAUACUUAUUAGUUAUCAAGCUCUCGUGAGUGGAACUUCCUUAUUAGAACAUUUUAUUAUAAAACUGACACAGAGAUAUAUCUGUAUGUUUGUGUGUAUGUUCACUAAGUAUGCUAAUAAUAUAAUAAUUUAUGAAAAA